UUUGCAUGUGAAUUCUUCAACUUCUUCCUCGUUCAGUAGUGGCUAACCUCAAUUCGGCUUGCAAUAUGGAGUCAUACGGUGCCGGUUGAGUUAUGACCGGGUGACGGUAGCUAUGAAUAAGACCAAUUCAUUUCAACGACCGACGAACGUGCCUCGAACCCGAUCCGUCCCAAUAUUCUGUAGGUCUUUGGGUCUUCCGUGCCGCAGUGUGACGCCAGCCUGCCAGCCAACAUCACCACCACCGCGUUCAAUGAGUUUUAAGUGGGGCAAAUGAACUGCCUGCCCACCAGCUGUGUUCAUCACACAAGCCCUUUUGCUCAGUGGUCGCUCUGGGCCAGCAGUUUGUUUAUGCGAUCGCGGGACCCGGGUGCGCAACACACGCCCAAGCCUGUUGCCAUGUGUUUGUGUUCUCGUUGAUGGGCGCACGCUCGGAUUCAGCAUCUCUUCAAAUCCCAACCCACCCCACGGUCAGUCAGUUCCAAACUCGCUUAUCUAAAUCUGUGCCGUGCCUUUUUGCCGUAUAAUGGCAUUUUGCGUUCGAGAGGGUUUUAGUUUUAGAGAGCAUCGAACUCCGAACUGCGUUACGUAUCGUUACAUGGAGCUAUUUAUCGCUUCUGAUGCUUAGUUCAUUUCUCGCGAAUUUCUCGUGUGUAUGCAUUGGUUGAGUCAUCGCUAAAACAGUGCAAAAGACCUAUGCCGCUGAUGCGCCUGUGCUAAGUUCGCCCCCCAAAAAAAGGGGAUGAGAAGGCAUUCCACUAAAGAGAGCCUGAUCCGAUGGUACGACCGGAGUCGUGCUGUACUGCGGUCGGAAGGUGUCAUUUUAUCGGUUUAACUAAACUGCUUCUGCUUCCAACUCCCUUCGAGAGAUCAACAGGGGGUUCGUGGAGGAUCAUAAAAUGGACGGGAAUAGGUAUUUUGCGUCUUACUUGUGUUAGGAUCGCAUGGCAACGGAGAUUCGUGUCCCGUGUGCUUACGGAGCACCGUAAUAUUCAUGAUGGAUAAUGGUUAAAGCUUUACGCGAUCGUUUCAGAGCCAGUGUAGCAAGAAGUCAUAAAGCCAACCGAUAAUAACGUUCUCACAGCUCUAUGGUCAUAUAUCUUAAUUUGAACGAACGGUUUGCAUGUUAGAUAACGCAUCUAAAGCUGAAGUGCUGCAGUUGUAGAUAAUUGCUACACUGAUAGGCCCACAAGCGAUCGAUCUUCAAGCUUUCAUCUCCAGAAAGAUUGCCUUACACAGGUGCAGAUAGGAAUCGCUGAAAAUGUUUCAUCUCUCAUUGUGAUCUUCCUUUCACUUGGCCGUAACGCUUGGUUAAUGCUAUCUUGAUUUUGAGAUUGAUAAAUUGACCACGGUAAACUGUAUCGCUAUAAUUCCGGGUGACUUCCUUAUCAUGUCCUCAGUGCAUUUCCAGAUUCGACUAUUAUCUAUCAAAGCAGUUGCUCUUCCCCAACAAAAUCUCCCAUAGAAUUGGUUCGUUUUGCACGGUGUAAAGCUCACAGCAAGUGCGAGACCUGGAAUUUUUACACUGUACCGUGCUUACGUUUGCUCCCACAGAUUACUUGACGCGUCUUAGAAGUUCAAUGGCAAGAUGGCGUCAGUUACACGACGCCCCAACAAGACGAUUAACCACCACUGCACUGCAAAGUGGUGCUCCACAAUGCAUUGCGCCACAAAACACUCACACACACACACGCACACAAAAUACCCGCCACGUUCGAACGAGAUUGUGCCUGAUCUGCUGAUAUUGAUAAGGGUGUUGCACGCGAAAACAAUGGCCAUUACAAGAGAGUGCGCACACUAAUAUUCCGAACUGCCGCGUAGCUUCCAGGCGGCGUAACAUCUUGUUGUGGGAACUGAGCUAGUUCCUAUAGUAAUGUUGGGUGAUGUUUUCGAAGGGAUACGAUUAUAAAAGGCAGCAAAUUCUUCGAAAAUAUGGAGCAGCACCUACUGAGGCAUUCGGAUGGGAGACAGAAUCCGUUUGUUUUUUUUCGCUUUGUUUGUUCCAACCAGAAUUAGAAGAUGCUAUUUACCACGUCCAUUCUCAUCGUCUCACCCCGUAUGCAUUAUUCAACGCCCUAUAAAGGGCACGUGCCUUGGAAGAGAAGGUGCGCAUGGAUCGAUCGAUGGUUAAUGUUCGAUUUGUCUCUUCUACCUUAGACGAACCGUGCCAUAACCUUAUUCUAAUGCGUACCCUUGGUACACACUUUUUUUUGUCUAUAUGCAGCAAUCACUAAACUCGGCACGUUGCUCUCUUUCAUGAUUGCCUUUCCAGUUCCAUUUGGUGCGAUUGACGCGUGUGUGUGCGUUUUUUUAUUUGCUGCAUGACGAUUAUUCUAACCGAGAUGCAUCAGAUAUAUACACGUAACCUUCAGCGGCAGAGCUGCAUCUCGCGCAAGGGGUCGAGUUCCGUGUCGUGGCCCUCGCAGUUUUAUGUAACACCCAUUGAGCUUUAUCACCUGACCAGAGCGGAGUGAGUAAGAGAGAAAGAGGGGAAACGUAAGAGCGCAUAGAAAAAAAACCCUUCCGCAAAGUCCAUAAACAGUGCUGGGCUGUACGAGAUGAGUUCUGACCUUCGUCAACCUGCGGUUCUACGAUCAGGUACGAUCAUCCAGCUUCCAUUCGGUAGGAGAAAAUCUUGAGCCUCUUCUUCACUACUUGAGCACCUCUCCACGCCCGAGAUUAGAUGAGGUUGGGGUUUUUUUUCUCAUGAAAUAAGGUUCAAUAAGGUGUUUGCAUGCGGUUAUCUUAACUCGAUAUCGUAUCGCGAAACAAAAACAAAACAAAAAAACAUGGACCCCCGCUUCAUACAACAAUGGAGCAAGCGAAAGGGAGGUUUUUCCUGUGCAUUUCUCAACACGACCGCAACUCGAGGCCACACAGCGCACAGUACCACCAAGGCGCGCGUGUGGCGGGUUGGACGAGGAUCGGGAGAAGUGUACACUAUUCUCACACAAGAUGAGCCCUAGGGGGGAGACAAGGAACGUGUUCUUUCCUCUUGAAGAAUGCAUUAUCGUCAUUACAAAUGGUUAGAACGAGUUCUCUAUCGCUCUCCUACCCUUCUCAAAUCUACCAUCAUCUCACGUGGUGUCCGGUUGAACUAUGCGAGGCAUCUCCCUCGAGAACGGGUUGGUAGUGGAAGUAGUAAUAGCAGUAGUUGCAGCAGUAGUGACAUGGGUGGUUAGUGUCUGGAGGUGGCGACCGUCGUCCGAGCCAAGUUGAACGAGAUGUUUGUUCUAUCACGCAAGGUUAAGUACGAAGAAAAAGAUUGGAAGAAAUCGUCCGGAAAUGGUGACGGCGUUAGUUGCAGAAAAUAGAUAAAAUAUGGCCUCAAGUCCAAGAACUUGUUGAUAGAAACCUCCAGAGCAUUCAAACCCGUUCUAUGGCAAAGGAAUAAUAAAUGUUAAUGUUAUAUUACAAAGAACGUUAUUGCAGCUCUAUGUAAUGUACACGCAUGCACUUUUCUUGAGCAAGCCCCAAUGCGCAAGUUCUAACACGCUUCAAAACCAUUACGGCGGACCAGGUGCGCAUAGGUUAAAGGAGGAUGUAUUACUUUCAAGGUUAGAUGCAUCACUGUCGGUGUAAUUGGUAAAACCCUCGGGUUGCCUGGGACACGAUCGGUUCUGAGCAGUUGCACAACACACCACGGCAAGAAUGGCCCCAUUGGAUACACGUGCAAAACCCCUCGAGCUCAUAUCCGGUUUCGGUGGAGACGCAUGGUGCCUUUGUGUGUGUGUGAGGCUCGAGAGAGCAUCGUAGGAGUAACGAUGGCAAAGAUUUCAAAUGUCGCCGGAUGACUUGAAGACUUGGUUUUAGUGUCCCCAUUCGCCCGUGGUGGUGGUGGCAAACAUUCCUCCUGGAACCAGUUGUCGAAAAGGUAUAAAUUUUAAUUACCCUCACGACUGUUUACCACCGUAUCAGUGAAGUGGCUGUUGGUGGUUGUGCACUUGUGUGUGCUGUGUUUCCGCAUGAGUUCCACAUAGCGCUAGUGGAGGAGGACUCAGCAAGUGCAUGUGCAUCAAAUGUAGGGAAUGAAAUCAACUUGCACAAAAAUGGGGUCGAAAGGGAGAAGAAUGAUUAAACAGGCGAAGUAUGCACGUUAUGGAAGACAAUGACGAUGCGCGUGCGGUGUCUACGGAUUGUAAAGCAAUCAAAUUAACGACCGAUUUACAUUCUGCGUUCGCCACGCCCAAACAGACGGGGCGCGAGGAUAUACUUUUCAAAGCGCAAGAGAAAAACAGCCACGUUUCCACUUCGACGGAUAAGCAAAACGAAACCAAAGAUAACGGCAUUACCGUUGACGGAGACAAGGGCGAUCCGAAGGUACUGCCGAAACAACCAGCAAGUGAUACGGCAGAAGUAGCAGCAGCAACGGUUGAAAACCCUACCGACACUAUAUCCAGCACGACCUCAUCCAAUUCGGACGACAAGAUGCCGACAGCAACGGCGGUCGAGGUGUCGGAAAAGAUAGCCGAUUCGAGCGAUGAUGCCGUGUCGGUGCUAUCUUCUUCAACCUCGGCAAAGAAAUCGGUUACCGCGAUCACGCCAACAGUGAACAGUUCCGCAAGUACGGAAGCGGCUGAACAAAAGGCACGUGCUACGGAAGGGACCACAACCGACACGGCGUCCAAGGCUAGCGAAGUUGCUAGUGAUGCAUCGUCUACUAAAGAAAAUUCUAUUAUGAUUGACUUAGAUAAGCAGGAAAGCAACGCUACUGUUACUGUAGUACCAAAAAGCCAAAAGGGAGAGGUUUCCAACGAGACGAAGCGAAUCAGUCCCUCUCCAACGGCCAUUGCCGAGCCUACGGCAGAUGAUGUGAUGGAAGGGAUCGAUGAUUUCAUGGAACAUACCGGCAGUGAAGAGGAUGAGGAAAAGCAACAAGCGAAGGAGUUCAACGACGAUCUUACAUUCCAGAUGGACGUUGAUUCAUCCGUCGAAAACAGCUCAUCGAUCUCGAACAAAGAGAAGCGCGAGGAAAGUGCCAUUGACUUAACAUCCACCAGCGAACAUUCGAAGGAAAAAGGCGACGAAUCAUCGUCCUCCGAGGCGCAUCCAGUUACUAGUAUUGCGAAAGAAUCAUCCACCACAUCGGUAACUGUGACUUCAGCGAAGGAAGCACGCGUGGAUAUGCACGAUAAAACCGUUGUCACAUCUACACCCGUUACCAAUCAGAAAAAAGGUCAGCAGAAACGAGCGGACCGUGAGCAGGAAGCUGCAUCUUCUUCGUUGGAGGUGAAGCAAGAGCACGAAGAAGAAAGUGAUGCGAAUGAGGCACAAAAUCUGUCCAAACAGAAACCUUCUGAUGCGCGUGGUGAAGGUAACAGUGCAGCUUCCGCGCAGAAAGCAGUACAAUCGGAUACACUCGCUUAUCCAUCCGCCAGCCGAAAGCGUAGACGUUCCGUGGAGAUCGAGGCAGAUCGACAGGUGAGUGCGGGCAGAAGCGAACCCGAUGCUGAAGAACCAAUCGAACCAGCGAAGAAGCUAAAGCUAGAAGUUGAAGCCAACUAUCAAACACAUGAAAGGGUCGUGAACGAUUACAUCGAAACGACACAAAACACCUCGGUGAACGAGAUACAAAGUCAUACGGAUGCGCUGGUGAAGGAAAUCCAGGCGCUCAAUGAUAUGAUCCGUGAAACGGAGAUCAAGUGGAACAAUUUGCUGCAUCUGAAGAAGGUGAAGGAGGAGAUUUUGUUGCGGCUAAAUCGCCGAAAGCACGUGAUCGGUAUAAUGGACACACAGUUGGGUGAGGUGUCGGUGUACAGCCAUAUCGAUUCAUCGAACCUAAGCAGUCAGCACCAUCACCAGCAGAGUGGACGAUCAUCGUCCGUUGGGCCGCGUCCACCAACACCACCGCCGGAAGUCGAAAUUCGUCCGGCUUCCGUGACGAACUCGAUGCACUAUGGCUUUCAUGCUUCGAAUAGCGGUGGUAAUAGUACCACAAACGGUGGUGAUAAGUCAGGUAUCCACUUCGGUAACCACUCCCGGAUCUCUAACCGACGCAGUAGCAGCAACAGCGUCCAAACAAACGCAAACACUUCCAGCAAGGCGCGCAACGCGAAGGACACGAACAGCUUCGUGUCGCAGUUCAACAGCAGCAACAAUGCCGUCACGAUGGUACCACUGCCAAACACGACUUCCAUGAUAUUGAAUGCGCGUGCCAGCAUGAACGCGGUCGAGGUGGCGAAGGAAAAGUCCGCUGCGGUACAGAUCCAGCGGCAGAUUCUUUCCAAACCGAUUCUCAGCAACCAUCAGCAGAUACUGAACAAUCUAGCCAUGUCGGCCGGCUUGACAGGAUCGUCCGGUACAGCAAGCGGAUCGAACAAUUCCAGCACGGCACUACUGAACGGCCAUCACAAUCCUGGCGGGUCGAACUCGAUUGCAGCGAACCAGCAGCAGCUCCAGAUCGGUCGGCAGGGUAUGCGUAAGGAUGUGAGCAGUAUUAUUGCGGACUACCGGCAGAAGCAUCCGGAGUAUGUACCGCGGCGCGGACGUCGGUUGAAGAAUGUCGGUGGCAACAGUGCCAGCAACAACGGUACUUCGACCGGCAAUAAUAUCGGAUCGUACGGGGAAGGUGGUGCCAUUAGUUUGACCGCGCUGUCUGGUGGAAAAUCACCGGCAAAUGUGCGUCCCAACUCGACGGAUAGUGUAGCGAACCGUAUAUCGGAACUCCUGGCAGCCGCCGAGACUUCGCGUCCCUCCAGCAAUGAUUCGAGCCAAAGCAGCUCGAACCUGCUGUCGUCGCUGAUGUCCGCAUCCGGUGCGGCCAACAGCAGCCAGCAGUUCUUUAAGGAUGUGCUUGCCCAGUUUGCCAAGAUGAGCCAGAACGAGCAGAGCUUGCUGUCGAACCUGCAGCUACUGUCCAGUAAUGCCACCUCCGGUGCCACUAACACCGUCUCGUCUCCGCAGCAGUCACCGCAGCAGCAUCAGCCGCACCAUCAGGCUGGUAGCCUUCAUCAGCAACAAUCGUCCUUGCUGUCUAAAGCCUCCCUGCCCGAGGUAACACUUCAUCCGGUGAUGAACUCUACCGCACAUUCGGAAGUAAUGGGUGGCAAUGUGUCCCACGGCAAUGGUUCACUAACCGGUGCGAAUCUGAGUGCCGUUAACAGUAGCACCAACUCGCUUCUGCAUGGAAUUCUUACCAAAUCGGCAAACCGGCCGGGCCAAACGACGUCUGCAGCAGCAGCAGCAGCGGCUGCCGUUGGGAACUUCAACACCUUCUCGCCAACGCUAGCCCGAUUGCUUACCGUACCGGAACGGAUGAAUUCACAGUCAUCCUCGACCGUAACAUCCGGUGCGCUUGCUAACCUACAGACCAACAGCCUCACCGGAGGAUUGAACCUAUCGAAGAACAUCAAUGAAAUAUCUAUCACGCCCGUCGUAGGGUCCAAUUUCCAGCAAACGUUUCUUACGCAGCAACAGCAACAACAAACGCUGCAAAGGCUUCGUGAGCAGCAACUGUACAAUUUAGACGAUGAAGCGGAUGAUAGUGCCGAUCGGUUGGUAAUCGAUGAGGGAGACGAUAUGGGCCAAAGGGAUUCGAGUGCGCUGCACGGUGGAGGCAAACGUCGCGGUGCCGAGAUAAACGAGAACGAAGUGCCACAAUGCCAGGGAUGCAAGAAACAGGAAGCUAAGUUUGUUUGUGCGGGCUGUGGCAAUCAGUGGUACUGUAGCCGAGCAUGUCAGGUUAAUGCUUGGGAUGAUCAUUCGGAAGUUUGCAGUGGUUAAGUUUGUUUGUAACACGUGGUGCCAUGGUGCCGCACUGGGGUUAGAUACACCAUACAAUGAGCGAAAGAGUAUGCAGUAACUCCAGCAAACGUUUACCUAUUUUUUUCUAAUUAAGCUUAGAGGUUUAAAGCAGAGUUGAUGUUCAACUUAAAUCAUACACAGACACACACAACAUUAGAUGAUGAGUAACAAAUAGAGAACUUAUAAAAUGGGCUGCCGUAUGUAUUAAAAAUGCAAGAAAAGGUUAUAUUUGCUCUUCGGUUAUCUUUCGUACGCGUCUGGGCAGGUAACGAUUAAAUUCGAUUGCACCAAGCACACACUAGGGCGGGAAUAAUAGCCAGAGGAAACAUUACGCGACACAAGAGCGUACAUUAGGGGACACACUUGAUAUUGGGUUCUUCGUUACGGUGUCGUCACUCAAGCAAAUAUUAAGCAGUUCUGAUGUUCAUUAUUACUCGCAAAAAAAAAACUAGAAUUAUUCUUCUUUUUUGCAAAUUAUGAUACCCAAAAUGGCACAAUGUGUACAUAGAAUGUGACACCAGUUUAAGAUAAUAUACGUGCCACGGGAUUGGUGCAUAACGAAAUGUAAUGCACUCGUUUAUUUUACCAAGGGAAAACUUCAUUUAUAGCGUUGUGAUACAUACAAAUUAGCAAGAUACGCAUUUUUUCACUACUUACACCUGUGCACAGGCACACACAAAAGCGUGAACGCUAGCUUCCUGUUUUUAUUUAAAGUUUUUUGGUUUUGUUUAAAUUGAUUGGAAGUAAAAAUUUGCUAUCAUUGCAUGAAUUUCUAGCAUAUAUACUUUUCAGAAUUAGUCCAGCUGUAUCAUAUAGAUCGUAUGUAGAAUUUCAAAGCAAAAAGAUGAUUGGUUUUUUAGGUGUCUCUUGGAAUAUAUAUGAGCGCUUGCAGUAAUUGAACAACAUAGAAAAAUGUUUUGUUAUUAUCUGCAAUAUAUCGUUUGAUGGAACUAAAUCCACACGCUAAUUUAUUGGACACGUGUAAGAAACAUGAACUAUAUGUAGCAUAAUAUUCUUUCCUAAAUGAGUAUCAAAACGAUCCUAAGCCCUGUCUUGUUGUGUGCAAACACUAUCAGGCUAGCAUAAAGGCAAAGGAUUUCGACAUGUGGAAUGAUAGCUUGUGAGAAAUGAAAAUGAAAGCGGCUUUGUAAUUGUACUGUGCGUAAUACAACUAAAAUAUUCGCUCGAAUUUCGCGAUGGGAUAAACUUGUUCAACGCGAAUUCUCGAUAGGUCGAUAGUUACUAUAUCGCUAUAUUUCAAACAGUCCUGAAUCGUUCUCAACGGAAAGUGUAUCCCGGGUUCGUGGGAAUCGUAACGAAGUUAUGAAUCAAUAAUCUUCAAUGGUCUGGUAAAGGAUUAAGAAAAAUGCGUCUCCCGAUUCAGGACGGAUGUCUUUGUAGUAAUGUUACGUACUGUAUCUGUCUGUAGAUGUAUACAAGCGAAAUAGGACGGUUUGAAAACGUCUAACAGUGGCAAAACAAUGUGAAAAUGCGGAAGCCAAAUAAAGCACUACAAAUUAUAUUUAAAAGA